UAGAGAACUAGAAGAAGGCAAGGAUCAUGAGCAGUGACACAGAAGAGGUUACGAGCACAGAACACGGUGAAUCAACAGAGGAGACUAAAGAGUCAAGCAGUGCCUCACCAUGGGGGUCCUCACUGGGAGCUGGACUAGGAGGUUGGAUGUCUAACAUAUCCACUCACGUUAGUAACGUGAGUGGAUAUGCCAGCACCAUCACUGAGAAGCUGAAGACAGUAGUUCAAUCGAACACACUGGUCAGUGAGUUCCAAGAAGAACAUCGCAAGUUUGAGAGGGAGAAACAACGAGUCAAGGACACGGCCGUCCCCCCCUGGGUGGGCUACAACGAGGAGGAGAAGAUGAAGGCACAGAUAAUGGAGUUGUCAGCGGACAGCAGGAAUGUGCUGAGACAACCUCCUCCGGGGGUACAGUUCCAUUUUGACUUCAAGAAGUCGUUCCCGGUCGCCCAGUCCAUACUCAAAGAGGACACGAGAUUGCAGAAGCUACGAUUUGAACUGGUACCCAAGAAGACCACUGAGGAGAAGUUUUGGCACAAUUACUUCUACCGAGUGUUUCUGGUGAAACAGUCGUCACAGCUGGCCUCGCUGACCACCAGUGAGCACUCGACAACUGUACAAGAGGAGACAGACCAUACUACUGCUGGGGAGGAGCCCUCUCUCUCCAACACAACUACUGGUACAGGAGAGACUGCAGAGAUAACAAGUCCAGUGGACGAGUUCGCCAGUGAUGCGUUGGCCUCUGAUGAUGCUCCUCUAGACAGAGAGAGUGUGGUGACAGAGCUGGAGCAGCUGGGGGUGGGCCCAGCAGACGAGUGGGAGGCAGAGAUUGCUCGAGAGCUAGAGGAUCUGGGCGUGGUCACUGAGGAGGGGGUGGAGAAGACUGAUGAUCAGCAAUGGGAGGAUGAAAUCGAACGAAUGCUUGAAAUGCACUCAGACGAUAACUGACAUGUUUUGUUAUUCAUUGUUUACGCUAUUGUAAUACAGUCUCUAUGUUGUUUUUAAUGCCAAUACCUAGCCUUGUCCCCAAGACCCAUUUUUCUUUCUUCAUA